AUGGCACAAUUUAGAAGGAGCUUCCAAUAUUUAAAAGAUAUGGUUGCUUCGGCCAGUGAAAAGACACGUCUGCUAAAAUCUAAUAGAAAUGGUACAGCUUCACAGAAUGGUUCCAGCAGUAGUGCCUCAAAUUCAGCAGUAAAUGACAGUUACGAAGAACUGUUUAAAGACAGCGUACCCUGUCCUUCAUGCAGGGGUUUAGGCCGUGUACCUAAAGAACUGGAAAACCAGCUUGUGGCACUGAUACCUAUGAAGGAUGGUCGGCUGAAGCCAAGAAGAACGGUUCUGUAUGUGAUAAUUGCUGUGACUCUGUGUGUGCUGAUUGGUGGGCUUCUGAUCUUUUUCUUGAUGCCUCGGGACAUCACAAUAUCCAGCAACCGCCCCUUUCUUCAGCCAAGGUCCAUUGAUAUUAAUGUAACGGCCAAGUACGCCAACUUCAAUGUCACUAACCUAUACAACGUGUCAAACAGUAAUUUCUUCCCAGUGAAGAUCACUGGUGUCUUGAUGAAAUCACUUUAUGGAAAUGCUGUUAUUGCACAGUCCUGGGCAUACAAGACAAACCCACUGGAAAUUCCUGCUCGUUCUGAACGGGAACUGUUUGUUCCAAUGAAUUUUGAACUCAAAGGGGAGCACGGCAGCUUAGUGUCUCAUUGUGUGAGCAGCUGGUCGUGGAUUCACAACCUGCCUAUUUUAUUUGAAGUGACAGCAAAUUACACCUACAUGGGUCACUUGGAACAAGCGACCUUGACUACUUUCCAGAUUGUCAGCUGCUACCCAGAACCCAUGCCUUCAACACUGGCGCCAGUAACAACUCUAAAACCAACGACAGUGCCCUCAACUACAACUAAACACUCCGUUGUUCUUGGUGGGAAUAGUUAA